GAAUGUUUGAUGAACGGGAAUUAGACUGGUAUACUACUCUUCAUCCCGAUAAUCUAUUACUGUCUAUUAACUCUUCCUCUUCGUCAACUUUUGACUGUUUUAUCUAGCAUAAAGCCCCAAGGGAUAAUCUCCCUCGCAUAUAUACAACCGUCUCGGUACAAAUUAACUACUAUAUUCAUAGGUACAGAAGGUAAUAUCUACAAGCACAGACCAUACUCAACACCCUACACAUUACUCGGCUCAACGUUGGCCCUGUGCACCUCUAUGCCAAACCGUUGCUAUUUGUCUCCCACACAGAGUCACCUGGUCUAUCACAUGGCCUUUGCACGGACACACAAACGUCUGUGUGUCGAUUGCAUCCUCGUAUACGCGGAACCGUGCGGUCGCGGUAUCCAAUUCAUGCACCCGGUCCUCUCAAUCUUGGAGAACCUCCCCUUAACUGUACAGUGAGAGAGCUGGGUUCCAAAGCCGAACCUUGAGGAUUCGAUUCCUUAGCUUCGAUUACAGGAGAUUUGACACGGGUCGUUUCCUCGCCUAAACGGAUAUCGCUAUUAUUUCCCAAGGAACAAUUCUCAUUUGCACGCUGCCUGGAUUGUUUCAAGGCUGGUUCCCGCUAUUUCUGACCAUGACCCUACCAGCCCGU